AUGCCGUCGGAACUACCGACAGCACAUUUGUCUAAGAAACGCAAGGAUAAGGACAGACACACGUGGUCCGUGGUCUCAGCCGAUGCCACACUCAGGCCUACCGCGAGUGUCUCGGUUCGCAUUGAAGCGGCUACACAACUGCUUCCUACCGACGACAUCGCUCCACCGGUACCAUCGGAACCGGAGGCCGGCUCAGUGUCGGUUCUUGAAUUACCCCCAGAGACUGAAGCCCAUCCUGAAACCGACACCAUGAUUGUGGAAAAAUCACACUCAACUCGUGGGGCUGCAAGGCCUCCUGCUACCCUUUCUAUUAAGGCCUUCACCCGAGCCAAGGCUGCAAAACAUGCUAAGUCUCAGUCUCCUAAAGCUUUCCCUCAGGGAUCCACACCCCAUACUCAGAUUUUAAGCAUGGCUGAGGACCUCAUUUCUUUAAUUAGAGGCUCUCAACCUCCACCUGACAAAAGGCCUAGGGUACAGGAGGAGGAACCACCAUCCUCUGAUGAGGCCUCAGGCAAUGGGAGCAGAGAAUGGAACAUUUGCCAGCGUCAGCAGCCAUUACUUGGAGAAGCUCUAUUACGUAAUACUAUGGAGAACCUGCAGCACUCUAUUCAAACUCUGAAGGGCUCUGACAGGCAUCCUGUUAUACCUGUAGCACAGCUUCAUCUGGGAUAUACCUGCAACAUGAACUCUGAAUAUGACCAAAGUUCUAUAGUCCACCAAAGUCCAUUAGUAUGCUGGUUAGCUGACAAAGAAAAGAAACCAUAUAAAUGUCCUGAAUGCAAUAAAUGUUUCAAACACAAGAGCCAUCUAGUAAUACAUGAAAGGAUUCACACUGGGGUGAAACCAUAUAAAUGUGCUGAAUGCAGUAAGGGAUUCACAACAGCUGGUAGCCUUAGAACUCAUCUGUCAGUUCACAGUGGGGAGAAACCAUAUAAAUGUCCUGAAUGCAGUAAGUGUUUCAGACAAAGGGGGGAUCUAGUAAAACAUGAAAGGAUUCACAUGGUGAAGGGGGAGAAACCAUAUAAAUGUAUUGAAUGCAGUAAGGGAUUCACAACAGCUGGUAGCCUUAGAAAUCAUCUGUCAGUUCACAGUGGGGAGAAACCAUAUCAAUGUUCUGAAUGCAGUAAGUGUUUCAGACAAAGGGGGGAUCUAGUAAUACAUGAAAGGACUCACAUGGGGGAGGGUGAAAAACCAUAUAAAUGUGCUGAAUGCAGUAAGGGAUUCACAACAGCGCGAGACCUUAAAACUCAUCUGUCACUUCACAGUGGGGAGAAACCAUAUAAAUGUUCUGAAUGCAGUAAGGGAUUCACAACAGCUGGUAGCCUUAGAAAUCAUCUGUCAGUUCACAGUGGGGAGAAACCAUAUAAAUGUUCUGAAUGCAAUAAGUGUUUCAGACAAAGGUGGAAUCUAGUAAUACAUAAAAGGACUCACAUGGGGCAGGGUGAAGUGAAAACCAUAUGUAAACAAAGCUGA